AUGGCCUCCGUCUCCCUUUCUCAGGAGCAACUGCUCAGCCUGCACUCUCUUCCAUCCUACGACUACACAAUGGCUUCUCAGGCACACAACAUCCAGACGCCCGUCACGGGUUCCACCGACAGCUCUGCUCAGGUUGACUACUUCACCUCCACCCUGAGUUCUACCACCACCUCUUCUCGCACAUCCGUCGAGAUCCAGGAUCGUACCGUCGUGACUCCUGGCGGCACCGUCACAACCUCUUCCGCCCACCUGACCAAAAAUCCCCUGCCGCCCCUGUCCCGCGACUUCCCCAAGCCCACCGCGGAGAUCGACGUCGAGGAAGCCCUUUCCCGCAAGCCCGGCCGUUGGACUGUCAGAGGCGCCAUUGCCGUCGAGAGACCCGUCCAGGUUGUCGAUGAGGAGAAAAUCAAGGCCCAGCGCCGCAAGGCUCUCGAGGAUGCUAAGAAGGAGCUCUUCGCCGCCAGCGAAGCUCUCAAGAACGUUCCCCUCCCGCCGCGCAAGAACAAUUUCUAG